AUGGGUAUAGAUGAUUCUUAUUUUGAUGAAGAUAUUUUACAAGUUAUAUUAAAUUUCGAAAAUAAAUCCGAUUAUGACCAUAUCAGAAGAACUUCGGAAAACUACAGAAAUCAUAACAGAUGCGUUCAUUACAUUCCAGAUGAAAUUGACCCAGAAUUCGCUGACUUAGUUCCUCAUAAACCGUCAAAAGAUGGAUCCAGAUCCGAAAAAAUUGAAUACACUGACGAUGAGGAUCCGCCAGCGGAUGAAGAACCGUCAGAAUCUGAAAAUCUUUCACUUCCAACAGAUUAUCCAAAAUUCAACAAAAAAUCUAUAUUUGGUUCCGAUAUCAAAGUACCACCAGAUUGGAAAAGGUUUUCAUUUUUCUUCAAGGCGAAGGAAAUUCCAGAUGAUCCUCAAGAAUUCCAAAAUUUAUUAUCCAAAUUUAAACAAGAUCUUUAUAAUACGUACUCGUCUUUAAUUCGUAUUAAUGAAGAAAACAUCUCGGCUGUUGCAGUUUACGAUUCUCAGCAAGCAAAAGAAAUUAUGAAUUCAGCUUUUACUGAUUUUCAUAACUUUGAGAAAAUUAAGAUAAACGCAAUCAAUUAUCUUAACGUCCUCAGCCACAAUCCACCAUCUCUUGAAAUGAUAGCAGAUUUUCAUCCUGAUUUGAUACAACUUCCACAGACACUCAGAAAAACUCAUGAUAAGCCUAAAAAACAAAAGCUUGGUAUCAAGCUUGGAAAAAAUCUCAGUUUUCUUGCCGUUAUUGUUCAACUUAUUACAUUUCGACCAUUAAUGCACAAACUAUUUGACGAAUUAUUCUCUAAUCCCAAUGAGCAACAGUUAAUAUACAAAGAAAUAUUAUCGCUCACAAAUCGGAACUUUUCGGAAAAUGCAGAUGUUACUUAUCUGUAUCACCUGUACUCGAAACGGCAAAAGAUACAUCAAGCUGAUCCAAUUGAUGCUUUCAAACAAUUACAAGAAUCGCUUGCAUGUGAAGCUAGGCAACUAGAUCUUAUUGAUUAUUUCAAAAAAUUCUGCUGGGGAUUUACAGAUAAAAUUGACAUUCCUCUUGUUAAUAAUAACGAACUUCAAGUUACUCCUACUUUUUCAGAUUAUCUUUUUAUUGAUGUUGCUGUUUUUACGUUUCCAUUGGAUGAUUACACAUGGAAUAACAAUCCAGCUGUAAAAUCCAAACUAGUAGCCAUAAUAACUUAUCACAGUCGACAAUAUAAUAUUAUUAUUUUGGACGAAAACAUCAAUUCAUGGAUUCUCUUUUGUAAUACCAAAAUAUCUUACAUUCGUGAUGAGGAAUUGGCGAAUAAUUUAAACAAAGGCGCAUAUAAUACACCGAAAUAUUUGAUUUUCGAAAAAAAUUAG